AGAGGCUCGAGAAGAGGUUCGAUUCUUCAGCAUGAAGCCAGGAAUGGAAGACAAGCCGGGCUGGCGGGAAUGGACCACUGUCGCCUUGGGUGCCUUGGUCACUUUCUGCUUUUCCCUGUUCUUCUACGGCUGGGCUGCCCUCCAAGCUCUAUUUGAGAGAGAUGGCGUUUACCUCGCCAUGUGCCCUGAAGAGGAGCCUCUAUGUGCCAGACGCUCAAGCCGCAUGAUCUUGCUCUUCAGCGUGGACAACAGCGUCACCAUUCUGACCGCUAUUGUCGCAGGCCUUGCGCUGGAUCGCUUUGGGCCGGCAGCCAUAACGAUGGCUGGGGGGCUGCUACAGGCAUGCGGGCUUUUGCUUAUGGGACUCGCAGGGGGCCCUGAUGAACCAGCACUGGUGGACGGCUUUCUCCUGGCUUUCGUGAUCAGCGCGGUUGGUGGCGCAUGUCUCAUGCUGCAAUCCCUGAAGUUGGCCUUUAUAGUGGCGCCCAGACACUUUGCGCUGAUCAUGACUUUGGCAAACUGCCUUGUGGACUCCUCCUCAGUAGUCCCGUUUGGGCUCUAUCGCUGCUACCUGGCGGGCAUCUCCCGCGCAGGCAUCUUCACAGGCUAUGCUGUGCUCUGCCUGGUCUCAAGCGCAUUGCUGGCCUUGAGCUGGUGCGGCCGCCCGGGCCGCAGGCUGCAGAGGACCACCAUGGAGGAGCUACAAUCCGCCAAGCCCGGGCCGCCGGGCCCUGCGGGCGAGACGGGCGAGACCGAGCAGCGCCCCAGGCUUCAUGGCUUGGCAGUGAAGCAGCAGCUUCGUAGCUUCGAGUUUGCCGUCGCCGUCACGUUUUUUAUGCUGCAGCUCUUCCGCAGCAACGCGUAUUUGGGAGUCAUCAAGGACGUGUUGCAACAGCUCGGAGACGCGGACUUGGACAACUUGUACACUCAGAUCUUCACUCUGCUUCUUCCGGCUUCCACACUUUUUAUUCCGCUGUACAACCUGUGCAUGUCAAGAGGAGGCUUUGCCAUUACUUUCCUGGUUGUUCAUUUGCUUGGUGUUGCCUGGAAUGUCUGCAUGCUGAUACCAAGUCUUCAGCUUCAGUUGUUGGGAUUUGCAUCAUUCACCAACUUCAGAGGUCUCUUGUUCGCUUCGAUAUUUACCUUUGUCGGCCAUAGUUUUGGCAAUCGGACCUUUGGUCGCAUCAACUCCCUCAUGUGGCUGUUCUCAGCGGGCUGGUCUUUCCUGAUUUGGCCAUGCGCGGAAGUCUCAAAGAUGCUCAGCGGGGAUCUUCUGAUCAUGAACUGCUUCAUGCUGGUCCUGUGCGUGCCCUGCCUGGUGAUGACCUUCUUCUUGCUGAGGCACCUUAGCAAGUACCCAUCAGGAGACAUCCGGCGCGCCAAAUCCGCAGCAGCUCCAACGGCCAGUGCUCCGAGCGCCGUUGGCCGCGAGGCGGACACGUUGGAGGACUUUGUGAGCGUCUGAAGCCUGAAGCCUCGGACGUGAGCGAAACAAAGCCGUAGGGCGCGUAAGAAUCCGUUGUUUUUUGGUCUUUUGUACGAGCGAUUGCGCUUGGUUUUGGACUUGGCUCGCAAGAAAUCAAGGGAAUGUCCACUGCACUGUCCCCU